GCAGUCAGUAAGAGCUGCAGGCGCUGCUUGGAAGGGGAGUGUGCGCGGCUCCGGGCAGCGGCAGCAGCAGCCUCCCCUCUUCAUGCCUAUUUUAGUCCCGGCUCCCCGGCCGCCGAGCAGCUUCUCCGCAACUCCCGCUCACUGAGCAAACUUUUCCGGGCCAGCCCCGGUCAGCACAAGCCAGCUCCGCUUUUUCUCUUGCCUCUUCUUGUUCUUCAAAUACGAUUUUGGAAUAAUGGAUACAGAGAAUAUAUUGAUCACUAUGCUGCCCAUGAAUUUUACUACGGAUGCUGCUAAUGUCACAAAAGUGCCUUUGUAUGAAGAGGAAGCAGUGUGUGGAAACUGGAGAGAGAUACACCACCUUGUUUUUCAUUUAGCAAACGCGUGUUUUGCUAUUGGAGUGGUAGUUCCUACUACUUUUAAUCUACAUAUGAUUUUCCUGCGUGGAAUGCUAUGUCUAGGAUGUGCUUUUUUUAUUAUGUGGGCAGUUCUUUUCCGAUGUGCUUUGGACAUUAUGAUAUGGAAUGUUGUCUUCCUUGGGAUCAAUUUUCUUCAUUUUGUUUACCUGGUUUAUAAAAAAAGGCCUAUCAAGAUUGAAAAAGAACUGAAGGGGAUCUACUGCAGGAUGUUUGAACCACUUCAUGUCCCUCCUGAGUUAUUUAAGAGGCUCACUGGUCAGUUUUGUAGCAUCCAGACGUUAGCAAAAGGCCAAAUGUAUGCAGCAGAGAACAAAACUUCUGUUGAUGAUCGCUUAAGUAUUUUACUUAAGGGAAGGAUGAAGGUUUCCUACAGAGGUCAUUUUCUUCAUGACAUUUAUCCCAACUCUUAUAUUGAUUCUCCUGAAUACCGAUCAACAGAAAUGAACCGUGGUGAAACAUUUCAGGUCACAAUCACUGCUGAAGACACCUGCAUGUUCUUGUGUUGGUCUCGGGAAAGGCUAACUUACUUUUUGGAGUCUGAACCAUUCCUUUGUGAGAUAUUUAAAUAUUUGAUUGGUAAAGACAUCACAAACAAAUUAUACUCCUUGAAUGAUCCCACACUAAGUGACAAGGUAGCAAAAAAAAUUGAUCGCCACCCUAGUUUGAGCUCCCAGCUCUCUGUAAUGCAGAUGAGAAACAGCAUGGCUAGCACAAGCGAUGGUGAAGAUGGCUUGCAAAACUUCCUCCGGGGGACAUCAACUGCCUCUUCUCUGAGUCAGUCUCCCUGUCUGAGAACUUCUUUGCAGAUGAUGCCAAUUCAAGAGGGUGUAGAAGACGAGGUAUUCGAAGCAGCACGUUCACGUAAACUGAAAGCCCAGAUACCAUAAGCACAUACGACCAAAUUACCAAAGCUGAAAGGAUCCACUGUAGCCAAGAAUAAGCUCUAAAGCUCUAUUUAAAGAUAUUUAGAUAUACUUUUUAAACUUUGUUUAAAACCUUUUUCUGUUGGUAGCCUCUGCAUCAUGAGUCACACGAAAAGCGUCUAGAAAUCUAGGUCUUGUAAAAUGUGUAACUUAAUGUUGUGACUGUAAAACUAAAUGUGUGACUAUUUAAAACACAUAUUUUUUUUUUUUUUUACACGUGAAAAAGCACAUUCAUCACAAGCCUUUAAGAUCUAAGGGCACAUAUAUGUAUGUAAAAUUGUAGCAAUGCACCUCAGGUCAAGCCAAAUAUAUCUCACUUCUAAUAGUAAA